AUGGCCGAGGAACUCAGCAACGACCCCGAGAUCGUCGAGGACGCUCCCGCGAACCCUGCCGGCGCCGAUGUCGAGAUGGAGGGCGUCGGGGAGGAUGACAACGCCAACGCCAACGCCAAUGCCAACGAAAGGGACCUCCCCUUCGCCGAGGGCGGCGAGAACGACCCCGUCGAGCCGCGCACGACCUUUGUCAGCUACCUGUCGAGCCCCGUCGUGACUCUGCUGGUCGGCCGGGGCGAGUCAGAAGCCAUCGUCACGGCCCACCAGGCCCUGCUGGUGAAGAGCCCCUUCUUCAAGGAGGCCUGCGCCCAGUUCAGCGACGACGGCAGCCCGCGCCAGGUCGAGCUCGUUGGCGAGGAUCUCGACGCCGUCGGCUGCUUCCUCGAGUACCUCUACACGGGAGAGUACUUCCCCCGCAAGGUGGCCGGCUCGCGCACCCUCGAGGAGGACCCCGCGACGCCCGACGUCGACACGGACGGCGCCCAGCUGCUCAAGCACGCGCGCGUCUACACCCUGGCCGAGAAGUUUGGCGUGCCCGGCCUGCGCACGCUGGCCAGCUCCAAGAUCCACUGCGUCAACUCGACGGCCAAGGGCGAGAUCGCCUACGCCCGCUACGUCUACGCGUAUACCAGCAAGGACGACACUACCAUCCGCGCCCCGGUCGCCAGCUUCUGGGCCACCCGCUCCCACACCCUGCGCUCCGAGGCCGAGGAGGAGUUCCGCUCUCUGUGCUUGGAAUACCCCCAGUUCGGAUACGACGUGCUCACCCGUGUCCUCGACGAGAAGCUCAAGAGAGAGCGCAACGACAAGCUCCAUCCUUCAUCGUCCACCGGCAGCGCCCGCAAGCGCGCGCGUCACAGCCAGAUCUAG